AGAAUCAGUGGCCAGAGCUAACCGCUUCAUACCCACACUGCAUCCUCCUCAGUUUCUCUCCAGGCCACCAUGUCUGCAGGCAACGGCACCCCUUGGGGGUCAGCAGCGGGGGAGGAGGUCUGGGCUGGAUCAGGAGUGGUGGUGGAGGGCUCAGAGCUGCCCACCUUCUCGGCAGCAGCCAAGGUCCGAGUGGGAGUGACCAUUGUGCUGUUUGUUUCUUCGGCUGGAGGGAACCUCGCCGUCCUGUGGUCAGUGACACGGCCGCAACCCAGCCAGCUCCGCCCCUCUCCGGUCAGGAGACUCUUUGCCCAUUUAGCAGCUGCCGACUUACUAGUCACUUUUGUGGUUAUGCCCCUAGAUGCCACCUGGAAUAUCACCGUUCAAUGGCUGGCCGGGGACAUCGCAUGUCGGACACUCAUGUUUCUGAAACUAAUGGCCAUGUAUUCUGCAGCUUUCCUGCCUGUGGUCAUUGGACUGGACCGCCAGGCAGCAGUACUCAACCCGCUUGGAUCCCGUUCAGGUGUAAGGAAACUUCUGGGGGCAGCCUGGUGACUUAGUUUCCUGCUUGCCUUGCCCCAGCUGUUCCUGUUCCAUACCGUCCACCGAGCUGGCCCAGUCCCUUUCACUCAGUGUGUCACCAAAGGCAGCUUCAGGGCUCGAUGGCAAGAGACCACCUAUAACCUCUUCAUCUUCUGCUGCCUCUUUCUGCUGCCACUGACUGCCAUGGCCAUCUGCUAUAGCCGCAUUGUCCUCAGUGUGUCCAGCCCCCAGACAAGGAAGGGGAGUCAUGCCCCUGCUGGUGAAUUUGUCCUCCGCCGCUCCUUUGACAAUCGUCCCCGUGUUCGUCUCUGGGCCCUGAGACUGGCCCUGCUUAUCUUGCUGACCUUCAUCCUCUGCUGGACACCUUAUUACUUACUGGGUCUGUGGUACUGGUUCUCCCCCACCAUGCUAACUGAAGUCCCUUCCAGCCUGAGCCACAUCCUUUUCCUUUUUGGCCUCCUCAAUGCUCCUUUGGAUCCUCUCCUCUAUGGGGCCUUCACACUUGGCUGCUGAAGAGGGCACCAAGAACUUAGUAUAGACUCUUCUAAAGAAGGGUCUGGGAGAAUGCUCCAACAGGAGAUUCAUGCCCUUAGACAGCAGGAAGUACAAAAAACUGUGACAUCAACAAGCGCAGGAGAAACAGAAGACAUUUCUAUAACAUCUAUCUGAUCCUAACAGAGUGUAUAGGAACAAUAUAAUAAGUCUUUAAUACCAUAAGAUCUUAACAUCUCACUUCUACUCCUGCUCUCCUAGUUCCCCCAAAAAAGAAAUACUGACCAGUGUCUACUUUAAACCCUACCUGAAACUUGAGACUGUAUCUAGUAUAGAAAUUCACAUAACCAACCCAGGCAACACAGCAAGACCCCAUCUCUACAAAAAUAUUAAAAAUUUAGCCAGGCAUGGUGGCAUGUGCCUGUAAUCCCAACUACUAGGGAGGGUGAGGCAGAAGGAUGGCUUGAGCCCAGGAGUUUGAAGCUGCAGUGAGCUAUGAUCACGCAGCUGCACUCCAGCAUGGGGAACACAG